AUGGCCUCGUUUUUCCAGAACCUUUGGGAGUCCAUCUUCACCCCAGGACCGACGCCAACGCUCCUUGUAGCCACGAAUGUCACCUUUGCCGCCCUGCAGGUGGUGUUGGCCUCCAUGUUGCUUGCCACAUACAGUAUUCACUUUAUUAUCCUCUCGGGUAUCUGUGCCGGCCUGUGGAUGUCUAUCAAUUGGUUCGCGGGCGAGUUGAUCAUUCAUCAAAUACAGGAGGAAGAGAAGGCGCGAAAGGCCAAGGCGGCUCAGAUCCCAACAUCCUCCGACGACAGCGAGACCGAGGUGGAAGCAUCGAAGUCAACGGCGAGCUUAGGCAAAGGGAAGAAGCCAACACCGGAAGCAGCGGCGGUCAGCACCGUUGUCGAGCCAGCAGAAAACCAGGGCGAGUUGAAGCUGAGGGUACCAGCCGAGGAGCCAGGAUCUAGCCAGGGACUUAAAAGCGGCGUCAGCACUGAGGAUGAAUGGGAGAAGGUCUCUGAGAAUGAGAACGAGAAGGAGAAAUAA